ACCCCCCCUACAGCGACCUCUAAGGACCACAGAGCGGCGAAGGGAGUUGUUGUUGUUGACGCAAACUCGCGCCUCCGGUAAAAGACAACACGAGGGAAGAAGAGGAGCGGGGGAGGGGGGAAGGCCUUCUUCCCACCACCACCAACAACAACCACCAACAACAACCACCACCACCCACCAACAAAACCACCACCCACCCCUCUGCGACCCGUUAUAGCCGGAGAGGGCGACGUCCAGACGGCAGGGGAGAGCAGCAGCAGCCGCCGCAGGAGGAGGUGGUGGUGGUAGUGGGUGAAGGAGGAGAGAGAGAGAGAUAGCAGUGGCAAAGAGCAACAGAGACAUGGCGACGGGCAACAGCAGCAGUAAGGAGAAGAAGAAGCAGGAGGAGGAGGAGAAACAUUUGAGGCUCCUGCGGGAGCUGUCGUCUCUGUCGCACAACCGGCGGUGCUUCGAGUGCGGGCAGCGGGGCCCCACGUACGUGGACGUGAGCCUGGGCACCUUCGUGUGCACGGCGUGUAGCGGACUCCUCCGCGGAUUAAACCCGCCGCAUCGCGUCAAGUCCAUCACGAUGACGACGUUCACUGACCAGGAGUUGGACUUCCUUCACAAGCACGGCAACGAGGUGUGCAGGAUCAUCUGGCUGGGUCUGUACGACGAACGGUCGUCCCUUGCGCCCGACUUCAAGGACCCGCAGAAAGCCAAGGAAUUCCUGCAGGAAAAAUACGAGAGGAAGAAAUGGUUCGUGGCGCCCGAGCAGGCGCGCACCGUGGCGGCGCUACACGCGUCGCUCUCGGGCUCCUCCGCCAGCAGCGGCAGCAGCACCCCCGAGGUGCGGCCGCUCCGAUGCGCGGGGCCCGCGGGGUCCGGCACGCCGACGCUCGACGGGCUGCGGCACACGCCUACGCAGUCUCCCGUAGUGAGCCGCCCGCAGGCUCUGCCACCCGCUCACUCCCGUCGACCGGCCCCGGUUGAGCUGAUGGAGGACCUGCCAGGGGAUCCGUUCGGCACCUCGACUCAACCCCCCCCUCCUCCUCCGCCACCACCGGGCAGCGCCUUUCCCGGCUUCCCCUCCGUCGCUGCCGGCUCCGGAGGCUCGAACUUCGCAAACUUCGAUUCGUUCGGAGGGUCAGGUUCUUCGGGCAGCUACGCACCGUUUCCCAAAAGCGGACACCCGGUCCGGGCUCAGAGCACAGCCUCCAGGCCAGUCCCCUCCAGCGCAAGCUUCGCCGAUCUCUCCGGCCCAUUCCAUUUGCCGAGAGCCCACGGGGGAGAGGCGUCCGGCUCGGCUUUCGCCAACUUCGCCGACUUCGACAACUUCCCCAAGUCGUCGAGCGCCAACUUCGGCUCGGCGCUGGGCGGCAGCGGUGGCGCCGCGGCGCGACCCGGAACCGGAGGGGAGGUGCCGCCCGCGGACAAAUACGCGGCGCUCGCCGACCUCGACAGCAUGUUCAGCGCCGGCAAGCAGCCGUCCCCCGCCGCCGUGGGCGGUCACGUGACCACGUACGUCCUGUCGGGGCCGGCGGACCAGCGGUUCACGGAUCAGCGCGGGGCGUACGCGCCUCACGGCAGCCCCGCCGCUUCCUCCGCUCCUCUGGGCUGCAGCGCGUACAGCGCGGGAGUCGCGGCGCUGGGGCCCGUGCCAGCGCAAGCGGUCGCCGGCGCCGGAUUCGCAGCCGGCAGCAGCAACCCGUUCCUUCCGGCGGCACCGGCGGCAGCGAUUGUGGGCAGCACCAACCCGUUUCAAACGCAGGCCAACGGCUUUGCGUACGGCGGAGCGCCGGCCGCCGCCGCCGCUGCCGCCGCCGCCGCCGCACCAGCUGUGAUGCCGGCCGGAUUCGGCGUUCCCGUCGGCUAUGGCGGCGUGGGGAGCGGCGGGCAGGCUGCCCACGUCGGAGUGCAGUACUCCCAGCGUGCAGCGCUGUACGUGCAGCCGGCGGCCUACGGAGUGCAGCACGGUGAGUCUGCGUACGCCGCUGCUUAUGCGCAGCCCAAGGUGAUGGCCGGGCAGUUUGGCCAAAGCACACGGACAUUGCCGACGAACCCCUUUGUGAGUGGUGCGACCUCAGGGACGUUUCCAAGCACCAGUGUCUCCAACAAUCCCUUCCUGUAACCCCCGACUUUGCCUUCCACCCUCCCACCCACCCACCCACUCGCUCACCCACUCGCCACUUGCUAACCUACUCGCUCGCCCUCUCACCCGCCGUCUCACACGACCCAACUAGCCUGCUCACCAACCCACCUGCCCACCCACAUACUCAUUUGCACAUCCACAUACCCGCCCGCCCGCCCGGCCGCCCGCUCGCUCGCUCGCUCACACACCCCGUAUACUCGCCUCCUACCCACUUGCAGACAUAAUCACCCAUCCACACACAACAACAAGAACUGUCGUUCACUAAGUGGCAGUGAUGUCACCACUAAGUGGCAGUGAUGUCACCACUAAGUGGCAGUGAUGUCACCACGGCGAUUGUGCCGCGAUAGGUGCACUUUUAGGUGACGGGAAAUGUCGAAGGCCCGCUGGCAGGUCACGGAACGUACCUCAGGUGCCACGGGGUGACUGAGAUGACUGGCAGAUGCACCAACGAAGACAAAGAUCCCCCGUAUAGCCUCAACAGACUGUAGGGGCAAGUGCUGUUAGCGAGCACCUAUGAAGACCGGAACGGCA